GGCUACGAGUCACGUGACCAGAAGAGAUUUGUUUGUCGUUUGGCAGAAGUCAUCAAAAUUUGCGAAUGUGUGGAGCAAUAAUGAGGGUGGAGUGGUAAGAAGGUCUGGCGUCUGGUUGUAACUUCACAGAUUGGGGAACUGGUCCUGAGAGUCGAAAUGACAUGUAUUUUAACGGGAAAUCGUCAAUUGGGAUUUUGGUGUUUUUUUAUGUCUGGGAAUAUGGAAUAGAAUUGGUCUAUUCAUUUCGUCUUGGAACUUUCCUUGUUUAUCGAAGGAUGUAAAAUACUGUGGUUUGAUAUUGCCAGCGCGGGCUCUGCCAAUGGCUUCUUCAUUGUUAACAAUGAGGUUGAACACGACAACGUCGGCGGAGGUUAGAGUGCGUGCGCCGAAGGCCAUCACGUGAGCUGUCAUUCAAACUGAAUACUACACUUAAGAAGAAGAAUCACCCAACGGCCUUCCCACUCGACGCUAUCGGUACUGAAUUACUUCAGUGACGCCUACCCCCUCCCGAAGAAGGGCGCCACCCCCCGAAAAAUGCUGAUCGAAGGGGACAAGCACCCCUUCCGGUGGUUGCCGUCCCUCCAGCACAUGGCGAGUGUGAAAAUAAUCGAAGCCUUGUGGAGAAAUUCCGAGGACAAAGGGCUGAUAAUAGAAGCCUGCAAGAACACAUGUGUCGACCACACGCCCGCAGGUUGGGCAGCCCUGGGGGUUUCCAUCAUCAACAAGAUUGGAAGAACAGUGGACGAACUGUCCCUCCCCAUAUCGAUAAAAAUCUCGCUGAAGAGCUUCCUCCUGCCAAUGGUAGCGAGGGCCACAAAGUGGCUAGUGGAAACUGGAACAGACGCUGCUCUGCGACCGCGAAACGACUGGCUCGAGCCAAUAAGCUAUCUCGUAAACAACUUCUGCUGGUCCAAUGUUGGUUACGUCGAUGGUGGUAAAAUGUUCAAGUCCUACGUCGCCAACAGAGAAACCAUUGACUUUGGAAUCUGGGAGCAACUGUGCUUCUACUGCGUCGAAGACGAAAUCAUAAAGUUUUCCAAGACCAUUGAUUGGGACAAUUGCAGAGAAUUUUAUCGCUCGCAUUAUCCCAUUUACUGGUACUGGAAGAUCUACGGAAAAUUCCCGACAGAGACAAUGUUCAUUUCACCAUUCUAUCUUGACUUCAAGAAGUUGCUUGAUCAGGGCCUGUAUGACGAGGAGAAUAUCCUACGGACAAUGUUCAAGUACAGCGUCAGCUGGGAAUUGCGUCUCGAUCAGAUGGAGAGGACGUACAUAUCAGCGAUGAAGUACUUUUGGAAUCGCGUCAAGGACGACGAAGGGGUGGCCGAUUUAAUCUCAGACGCACUCUCAGGACAUCCAUCCACCGAGGGCUCUGUUUAUCUUCUUACUGUUAUGAAGGAGGAGGCUCUCCUCGAGGGCAUCACCACCACCUUUGGCACUUACAAUCGCACGCACUUACUGCGAUGGCCUUGGAUUCUCUUCAUUGACGAUUGGAUAGGUGUUUUCGAGGCUGUUGAUGCGCCUUUCUUCAUGCGGUUUUUCAAUAAUAUGGAGCCGAAGAAGAGGGACAACGAAGGAUUCAACGAGAAAACCCUCUACGAACCCUUCGUCAAGGUCUGGAGAAUCUUCCAUCAGAGAUUCAUUUCUGAUAAUGAAGCUAUGAAUCAAGCUUUUUGGAGGAUUCUCGACCGGAAAGAUCAUACUCUGUGCAGGCUCAUGGUCAGCGGAAUGGACAGCCAUCAGAAGGAUAAUUUUAUAGAAUGUCUCAAGGAUUACGCUAGGUUCAAAUGUCAUAAUGAAUUCUCUGUUCAAUUCGCUGAGCAAGUUCUUAAUGAGGUUGAACAGAGAGAAUCUAUUUGGGGAUUGAGACUAUGUUUUUAAAAAUUAUGCCUCAUUUUUGUGAUAAUUGUAUAUAAUUUUGGAAAUUUGUCAUAUUAUUCGAAUAGAAUUGUAUUUUUUUUAUCCCUUUUCGGACACUUUGGAAAAUAAAUCUCGUUUAGUUGA